AUGUAUGAUAUACCCCAAAAUGAAUCAGAGACUACUUCUGAAUCAUCCAUCAUUAUUGUUGAUUCAAAGACCUCAACACACCUGGAUAAAAGACUUGCAUCUGGAUGUGGAUCUCUUCCUCUGUUGAGGUUUGAUAAGAACCAAACUAAAUUUCUAAAUGCUUUAAUAUUGUUCUUAUCAUGA